AUGGAAUUUAAUGAUAAUUUAAAAUUAUUAUUAUUGCAGAAGGAUCAGGUUUUAAGAGAAAAUCCAACCAAUGAUGAAAAUAAUGCUGAACUUGAUAACUUUUGCUCGGUUGUCGAGUUUAUUCUCUCUCAUUUCACAAACUAUGAUAAAGACAUUUUAAAACGUUUAAGGUUGACUGAUCUAACUAUUGAUACCAAAGGUAAAAAUUAUUUACAAUUACAUAUAGUGAAAGCAAAUGAUAAUAACGACGACGACAAUAAUACAACUACUACCACUGUGCCAAUAGAAAAUUUUCUACAAAUUUCAAGAUCUAAUGACAUAACCAAGUGUCCAAUAUUUGCUUUAUCUUUAUACUUCUUAUUUAAAUGGCAUAACCCAAAGGAUGGCAACAUAACUUUAGACAACUAUACUUCAAUUCCAAUUUUGUCUUCAAAGGAUUUAGCAGCUAUCCCAACUACUAACAAAAUUCUAAAUAAAGAUGAUACAACCUUUAAAACAGAUUUAAAGUUAGGUUUAGAAUUGAAAGAUUACAGUGACAUCCCAAAGGAUUUGGUAAACGUAGUGUUCCCUUGGUUACCUUUCCUAAGGCAAAAUUUGCUAUUGGCAAAUGCGAUGGAUUACUCUUUUUAUUCGUUAUUAGAGUUAUUUGAGUUCUUGGGAUCUGUCUUAAUUCAAGGUUUACUGGUUUUGGUAAAUGCCAACUCUCUUUGGUUAAGUAUGUUACAAUACAUUAAAAAUUUCAUACCUCAAUUAUUCAGUAAUGAAACUUUCAAGAAUUUAUUGAAGUCGUAUACAUAUGAAUUGAAAAAUUAUGAUAAUGGGACUGAUCUAAAUGAGAACGUAUUUGAUUAUGACUUAGGUAAACUUGGAUUAGUUUUAAAGAAUAAUAAAGAAAAAUCUUUGAACGCAAUGGCUUCUGAAUUUAAUACAUUUUCUAAUAUGAUUACUUUGGAAAAUGAAAAGAUCAAUACAGAAAUACAAGAUUUAUUUGCAAAAGUCAGGGAUAUGUCAUCAAGAUGUAAGGAAAUUUUACAAUUACAAAACCAAAUAUUAGAUCAAUCAGAGACUAAAGCGAUCGACAGCAAUGCCAAAGAAUCCAAGAUUGACCAAAAUCAAAACUUGAUCAUUCACCUAGAUGAAAAGCAGGCCUCACAUAUCUCUAAGGAAAGGAUGAAUUCAAUCCCAAUAAGAAAACUAUCCAAUUCUAUGCAUAUUGAUAUACCUGGCGCUUCUCAAGGAGCUCCUAUUGGAACUGAAUUAUCAAAGGAUAGUCCUACUUUUACUCCUACGACAAUGCUGCCCUCAUUAAGUCAACAGAUGUCGAUGUUUUCCCCAGUUCAACAGGGCCAAAGUCAUCAACAAAAGGAUGUAUCGCAAUUGCUGAAGUUGCCAUUGCCAAUUUCCAACACACCUAGAAAUUCUCUACCUUAUUCUCCAUCACCUAGAGAUCUGGAUUUGUUCAACCCACAGUUUCUUUUGAACGAGCAUAGACAGUCGAUAUCUCAAUCGCAUACUGAUAAUAGAUUAAAGCAUCCAUUAAGGCCACCAGUGGUUUCAAAACAUGAUAACCCUUAUAGAGUUUCGAAAUCACAAGUUCGUGUAUCCAAUAAUUAUGUUAAUAAAAAUGUCCCAUAG